CAGCCAUGCUCUGUGAUUUAGUUUCUUGUAUAACGUGAUCACAGUUCCUGCCCCUCCUGUUUUUUGUGGCUGCAGGGCGCAGCAGCAACACUCCUCCUCUCGCCACUUCUCUCCACACAGUCAGGCGAGCUGAGAGCGCGUAAAACACUACCAGAAACACCGUCUCACUGGAAGGAGCUGCUACCAGACAGGAUCCCCUCGACUGGAAAACAACUGAGAAGAAAAAGCUGAAGAAAAGAUUUAGUUAGAACUCAACUUAAAAACAGGAUCUGUGCUGGAGAACACUCCCAUCUCAUACCAGAGCAUAUUAUCCAGGACGGAGGAAGAAGGGAGGCAGCUGUAGACAAUAAGCUUUCCAGAGAGGAAGAGCAGGGGUCUGAGGAGGAGGAGGAGGAUGGACACCCUGGUUACUGUGCUGAAGAGUCACACAGGCCCCUCAGUGGUGCUGUUUGCUCUGGUUUUCAGGGUGAUCCACAAGUUGCUGCAGAGGCUGCCUUUGCCCAAAGUUGUGAAGCAGGAUGAGGAAAGGACCUGGAAGUGGAGGAACCUCUCUGUCUCAUUGGUGCACUCAAUGCUGACUGGGCCCUGGGCCCUGACCUGUUGCGUGCUUUCGCCAGAGAUGUUGAGCAACAUUGACCACCACACCCCUCUGUCCUAUCUGCUCAUCUGCAUCUCAACAGGAUACUUUGUGCAUGAUGCCAGUGACAUCAUCCUAUCAGGACAUGCAAGAGCAUCAUGGGAAUUCUUACUCCAUCAUGAGCUGGUGCUCUCGUGUUUCCUGUACGCCCUCUACACUCAGCUGUAUCUAUCCGGCGCCGUAAUCGCUCUCUUUGUGGAGUUCAACAGUGUCACGCUGCACCUGAGGCUGUUGCUGAAGCUGAUGACCGCUCAGUCCUCCUCUGUGUACUACGUCAACAAAUUCAUCAACAUCUUCACCUUCGUCGUCUUCCGUCUGGGCGCCCAGGCCUACCUCACCUGGUACUUUAUCAACAACUACACCACGCUGGACCACGGUGCUUACAUCUUCGGCAGCUUGAUGGUGAUGAAUAUUAUGAUCCUGAUUUAUUUCUACCGCCUGCUCCGUACUGACUUCUUCUCCCGGAGGCACAAAUCUGUGGGACAGAACGGGACGUAUAACAACAACUCCAAAAAGUUUCCUUGUGAUUGACCUGGGGAAGGUUUACGGACCAAUAUUGUGUUUUCAUUUAGGGUGGCAGUUUACACAUUUUGUCUUUUUUCAAAGUGAUCCCAUUCCUCGUGACGGCAGGUUCCUUUGUUGCGUCUCAAUGCCAAAGUAAAAAAAACAAAAACACUUUUAGUGGGACAAGGACCAGUCUUGUUCAUGCUGUUAAGUCAGAAAUGUGGCUUUUCAUGGGUAAAAGUACAAUGCAACAGUCAAAAGCCAAAAGUUUGGGAUAAACUCUUCACUUCUUUUGCUUAAUUGAUUUUCAGUAUCUUGUAUCGUGUAAAGGAAUAGGUCGACAUUUUGAGAAAUAUCCUCGGCUGAGUUCUUGACAAGAGUUCUGUAAAUAUGAAACUGCAGCCAGUGAGCUUAGCUUAGCACAAAGACAGGAAACGGAGAAACAACUAGCCUGGUUCAGUCCUAAGAUUUAAUAAAAAUCCUCCCGUAGAACCACAACUUGUUUUUUUUUUUUGCACUUCUGUUUUUGUACCAUUUUAACAUGUUAAUUCGUAAGCUUUAGAGGUGCUGGCACAUUUAGUUCCCCUUGGACAGAGCCACUCUGUUUCUUGUCUUUAUGCUAAAUUAAGCUAACUGGCUGUUGGUUGUAUAUUUAUAUGCAGCAAACAGACGUGAGAGUGGUAUCAAUCUUUUCAUUUAACCCUCAACAACAAAAUAAAUAAGUAUGUUUUUCUAAAUGUCAAACUAUCACUUAAACAUUACAUUUCUGCACUUAAUAUGAAGCUACAGCUAACAGACUGUAAGCUUAGUUUAGCAUAAAGAAAGGAAACAUGGGAAAUGGCCAGCCUCUCUCCGUACAAAGGCAAACAAACAAGACAGGGUAACGUGUUCAUUUGUGAGAUUCAGAGGUGCUGAUAGGUAUAUAUAUAUUUUUUUGCCUAUAGACCAUUUCACAUUUGUAAAUGUAAACAUUCCAAAUGUGUCCCAGCUUGUCUCCUGUGUGCAGUGGUGUAAGUGAAAGACAUAAUCUGACAGACAGUAAACAUGCAAACUAGCAACAUGCAAACUAGCAAUGCAAUUUCACUGAAACGGUCUAUGGACAGAGACGGUCGCUAGCUGUUUUCCUUUUGUUAGCAGCAACAGACUCCCUCUUUCUGUCUCUAUGACGCCAUGUGUGGCUGAAGAGAUGCUGGGCUGUGUACAGGGCCAAUUCAACUUGUAACACAAAGGAACUUCUGGUCCUCUUAUGGUUCUCAUGUUAAAUCUGUUGGUAUUUGACAGAAGUGGGGCUGAAGCUGUUCAUCAGUGGGCACCAUGAGAAACCUCUUCACAGUGAGCAGGCAGCAGCACAAUCAGUACAGAUAUUGAUUAUCACCAGUAGUUAAGACUUGAUGUGGAGUGAUAGAAGAGAUCCCCGCAGUGUGAACCUUAUUUGCAAAAAUAAUACUUUAACAUAAGAGAUUACUUUUUUUUAAAGAUAUUUUCCUCUUCCUCCUCUUUCCUAAAAAAUUGGAUGUACAGCAUUUUGUAAAUAAUAUCCUCAAAUCUGCAUUCCUUUUUGAUAUAUUUCAAGUCAUAAUACAAGUAAACACCAUCAGUGGAGUACAUCACCCACAAAAUGACUAUUUAAAUAUCAAUUACUCUCGAAGUAAACUUUGUUUUUCUCGCAGAAUCAAAAAAUGGAGAAAAUUAUUGAUGAAUUUAAGUAAAUUUAACAACCCAAAAAUUAUAUCAAAACAUCUGUUUUACAAACUGAUGUAGUAUAAUCUAAGCCCCGAGCCUUUUCCACAAAUUCAAGGUCUCACGGGGUGAGUAAUUGAUGUACAGAUGGUCAUUUUGUGGGUGAAGUAUUCCUUGAAAUUUCCUAAUCAUUCCAUAAAUCACAAGUGCUGGCAGUGUAAUUUAAAAGCCUGAUGAUCAGUACAUUUCAUUUUCUAUUUCAGCCAAACGCCAAGAAAUGGACUAUUUUAAAUGUGUCCGAUCUGUGCUACAGUGCCUUCACCACAGUGCCUUUUCAAAAACAGAUAAUGUGUGAAUAAUAAAGUUCAGAUAUAGAGCAGACUGACAUCCGUAGCUCUUUGUUAAAGCUGGGCCACGUGGAGAGAUUUUUGAGACAAACAUACAGUAAAUUCAUUUGUGUGUAAUUUGUAUCUUGUAUUAACUGUUUUUUAGGAGCCCUGUAUUUUGGAUGAUUGAGUGAUACCAUGAAAUAAAAAGUGUUUAAAAUCA